CGCACAGAUAUUAUUGGGACUAUAAAAACCAAGUAUUUCAACGGAGAUUCGAUCAAUGUGUUGAGUUCUUGUGCCGUGUUGAGUUCUUGAUACAGGAAUUGCGCACACUUUUCACAGUGAACGCCAAAUCACAGUGUGGUGAUAGAUAUCGUACUCGAUAGAUAUACGCUUGUGCACCCCAACUGCAGACUGUCCAAUGGGCAUAUACUGGGGCCCGUUUAUCGUGAAUUUAAGAAUCUGUCGAAUGAAGCGAAUGAAGAGAAAAUAGUGCUAAAGAAUGGAAUAAAUGGCGUGGGCAUAAAUGCAAGAAACGCAGAAAUGAAACAAAUUCACAUGGUCUGUACAAGCAGAAGCUGACGGGAUCAAAAGAAUGUCAAUAAUGCACACGAGAAAAACAUAGAAACGUUGAACGUAUUAACGUGGAUUUUACAGUAAAUCGUCAUGACGUUUUGCUAGAUCAGAAGAACUGGUGUUGGCCAUAGUCACCAGUCAUCCGGAUAAGAAGAUACUUACCCCUGGAUAAAAAUUUUUUUUGUCCAACACCGAAUCAAGGAAUUGUCAUGGAAAUUGUUCCCGAAAGAAAUACAUCUGUAUCCCAACUGAUUGUUCAGUGGGCAUACACUGGUAUUCGUUUUGCUUUGUCCAACGGGACCAUGAUUGGAUUUUUAACAUUUUUGGAACUUUUGAUAGUCCUCCGGCGACCUGACAUUGUCGACAAAGACAACAGAGUACGUAUCGUUUCGGUGGAAGAGAUGCUUGGCAGUUAUGACUUUGUAAUAAUCGGAGGAGGAUCUGCAGGAGCCGUACUCGCUAACAGAUUAUCGGAAAAUUCAAAUUGGACUAUCCUGCUAUUGGAGGCUGGGAACGAUGAAGGAGUUAUCUCUGACGUACCUUCACUGGCUUUAUAUCUUCAGCACACCGAAGUCGACUGGGGAUUCAAAAUUGAAAAUUCGUCGACCUAUUGUAAAGGCAUGGUCAACAAUCAAUGCAACUGGCCCAGAGGUAAAGCACUCGGAGGGAGCAGCGUCAUUAAUUAUCUGAUAUACGUUCGUGGCAAUCGAAAAGAUUACGACCAAUGGGAGGAGUUGGGAAAUUCCGGAUGGGGAUACGACGAUGUUUUACCAUACUUCAAAAAAGCGGAAAACGUAUCCAUCCCUGAUCUCCGCGCAUCUCCUUAUCAUGGGACCACUGGCUAUUUGACUGUUGAACAAGCAAGAUACAAGCAUCCGAUUGCAAGCUAUUUUCUCAAUGCCAGUUUUGAAAUGGGUUACUCAGAGGUGGAUGUAAACGGAGAGACGCAGACGGGAUUUAUGUACCCGCAAGCCACUGUGAGAAAUGGCCUUAGAUGCAGCUCGGCAAAAGCCUAUCUGCGUUCCACAGCUGGAAGAGAAAACCUCCAUGUGCGCACGGGUGCUUUGGUCACUAAGAUUUUCGUGAAUGAAACCACAAAAACAGCUUACGGCGUUGAAUUUGUCCGAGAAAACAUGAAGUACACCGUUCGUGCAAAAAAAGAGGUAAUACUCUCAGCGGGCACUAUUCAAUCGCCUCAACUGCUAAUGCUCUCAGGAAUCGGUCCUAAGGAACACUUAGAAGAGGUCGGCAUUCGGGUUAUUCUGGAUAGUCCAGGAGUUGGGAACAAUCUUCAGGAUCAUGUGGGGAUUGGAGGACUUACCUAUCUGAUUGAUCCGCCGUAUGAUUCAUCAACAUCGACUCUUUCGGAAGUAGAACAAUUCCUGGCUGAGCGAAACGGCCCGUUAUAUGACAUAUCCUUCGGCGAAGUUAUAGGUUUCACCAAUUCCAGGUAUGCUAACAGUUCCCUCGAUUUUCCUGACCUCCAGUAUUUUCUCUGGUCAUCGGCUUUCAAUGGAAACAGCGAACUUACCAAGAAUGCGUUUGGUCUCAAAGAUGAUCUUUACGAAACCUUAUAUUCGAAUAUCAUCAACAAGGAUGCCUACAGUAUAAUCCCAUUUAUAUUACACCCGAAGAGCAGAGGCUACAUCAAGCUGAGAGAUAAUAAUAUCGUACACCAUCCACUCAUAGUUCCGAAUUACUUUGAUGACCCACAAGAUUUAGAGAUUCUGGCGGAGGCAGCCGAUUUCAUUUACAAUUUCAGCCUUACGUCGACUAUGCAGGAAUUGAAUGCCAGUGUCAGCUCGAACUUGAUCCCGGAUUGUGCUCACUUGGAAUUUCCAUCUCGUGACUAUUGGCGCUGCUACGCAAGAUUCUAUACAUUGACGAUUUACCACGCUACUUCCACUUGUAAAAUGGGCUCUGAAAAUGACGAAAUGGCUGUGGUGAACCAACGCCUCAAGGUUCACGGUAUAAAUGGUCUCCGUGUUGUGGACGCUUCCAUAAUGCCAAACAUAGUGUCCGGUAAUACCAAUGCUCCAGUUAUUAUGAUCGCUGAAAAGGCAGCAGAUCUUAUUAAGGAAGAUUGGAAUGGUCACUAGUCGAGCAAGUGAUCAUCAAAAGCAUUGAUACGUAAACAAAGAUAGCUGAUGAAAAUAUUUUCCCGUAAAAAGUGGAGCGCUGUUGUUUGUGAGAGCUAAGUAUUCAUUAAUAUAGGUAAAUAUUGAAUGAUCUUAGGUUUGAUGCCGAGAGUUUUCGGCGAGUGGUCUCAACGCAAACGAUGUUUCGCCGCUAGAUAAGCAACCGAAGUUACAUUUUACACGAAGUGAGUCCCUAAGUAAGCAGAUCUACAGCCAAUCAUAUUCCUGUAACGAUUGAUUAAUGGGUAAUAACAAAUUUGACAACUAUUUUUCAAUGCCCUACAACGUAGCAAAAUUAGAGCGACAUCGGGGGCAAUCUCCAAAUGAACGUUCGUUGUCAGUUACAGGAAAAGUAAUGUUUGGAUCUUCACAGAGUUUUCACAUUAUGUUCGUCAUAUUUCUUAUCAUCAUCAUUAUUUUCCACAAUAAUUUCAGUUUCUCAAACUGAAAGACGAAACGGGUACGUCACACUUAUUUCGCCUAAAUAAACAGGUACAACUUCACUGUGCUUUUGUUUUUCGUCGCUAUUUAUGUCGUGAACGUGAAUAGAAAAUUUAAACCAUCAUUCCGUAGCAGUGAGCUGAAAUAUGGGUACGAACCGGAUUAUCGUCAGCUCGAAAUCGACCAGAGGAAGCAAUACGAGUCGCUGUUUCGGAUGUUGACAACAGCAUUCUUAUCUUGAAUAUCCUUCAGUAGUUUUGUGUACAGCAAAACAUCUCCUUAUAGUGGAAUGUACUUGUCGUUGAAGUUACAGCCAGAUUGAUCAUUUCGAUCAACGACCAUCCAGAGUCUUUCUCUUGGAAAUAUUCCACUUCGGAAAAGACUGUUUCUUUCACGUAUUCUUGGAAUCACUCUGGUACGUCCGUCGAUUGGAGCGUGACUUCAUUUCUGGUAUUUUGAAAAAUUUCGUUUCCGCCACCAUUUCAUUGCACUGAAUCUACAAGUCAAGGCAGAGUUUGUUUUUAAAUUUUCCACGUUUUAUCGCGUUCUCUUCAGUCUUGUUACAACCAGGUGUCUUGCAUCAAACUGCUCGAGUUUUUUUUGUUUUUUUGGCACAAAUUUAUAACGGCUCCGGUUGUAAUUGAACUCUUGUAAGCUAUACCCGAUUCUUCUCAUCGCAUUUGAUCACUUCUCCGUUGUUUCUGAAAUCCAUCCUCCGCGUUUCGAAACUGUUGAAAAUUGGCUAUCACCGACUUAAAAAUUCCGAUUGUAGUAAAAAUUCUUAUUUUCUGUUCGAUCGUUGAGACGUCGUUUCGUGAUAAUUUAUUCAAAAGCCUGAUAUUUUGGGUUCUGCAACAAAUCUACUUUUGAAUUUGCACGAUGAUCUCUUCGUCAAAAGUUUAAAUGCCGUUUCCACGAUUUUGAUCAAUUUCAGACACUUUUUGGAUUCCAUUUUUCGUCUUUUUUCAAGCGCACGAAAUAAAGCUAUGGGAGCAAAGCUUGCUUCAGGAUCAUUGUCGUGUGACAACGCGGUGUAAAAGAAUGCGAGUUUUCUAUUACAAUAAUUUAAAUUAAACAUUAAAUAAUUUCGUCGAUGAAAUUUUCUUCAUCACCAUUUUAAUAUGACAGAAGAAAAGGUAUAAUAAUUUUAUCAAAUCAUUCAAAUUAUUAUGUGUAUAAACGUAUAUGUUAUGUGUAUAAAUAAAAUGUAUAGAUAUAAAAAAGUUUC